UAAAGAAGAAGACGGUCAUGUUGCGAUGCUCAUCAGUCUUGAUGUUUAUAAAUGUUUUAUGUAAUUUUCAAUUAAAGAAAAUCCUUGGUCUGCUGGAAUUACUUUGAGGCAAGGUUUAACAAAACCAACACCAAGUACCCCCUGGAACCUGAUUUAUUACCUCUUCACUGCACAUACCCCUGGAAAGAUGUUUAUUAAAGAGGAGUUUAUUAAAGAGGAGAGUGAAGACAUCAGUAUUUCAGAACCAUUAAGGCUGAAGAAUGAAGUUACUGAGGAACAAAGAGAGCUGAUGGAAGCGAAAGAGGAAAGUGAGGAACUGAAUGAAGAGGAGAAACUUCAGUAUCAGAAUUCUGAUGAUUUUGCAUCUGGAGAAAAAUCUCAGACAAAUAAAACAUUCUCAACAUUCUCAACCCUAAGAACAAAAACAAAUAAUGCUUACACCUGCCCUCUUUGUGAAAAGAGUUUCAAACAAAAAAGGCACCUUAAUGUCCACAUAAGAAUUCAUACUGAAGAGAAGCCUUUCACAUGCCCUCAAUGUGUAAAGAGUUUCAGACACAAAGAGAGUUUUAAGCAGCAUAUAAGAAUUCACACUAGAGAGCCUUUGACAUGCCUUGAGUGUGGAAAGAGAUUAGCAAAUCCAAAUAGCCUAAGAAAACAUCAAAAUAUUCACUCUAAUCAGUUACAUCACUGUUCUCAGUGUAGCAAAAGUUUUAAACAGGCAAUCAGUCUCAGACGUCAUCAGCGCUAUCACUUUGAAGAAAAGCCAUUUAACUGUGAUCAGUGCGGUCAAAGAUUUAUUUUUGCAUCAAUGCUAAAAAGACACUUGAAACUUCAUGAGUCUAAUGAGAAGCCUUACAGCUGCACUGUUUGUGGAAAGAGUUUUUCACAGCUGGCUUAUAUGAAACAGCACCAGAUAAUACAUUUGGGUGUAAAGCCUCAUGUAUGCUCAGAGUGUGGUAAAGCUUUUAUCAGAGCUGAAGACUUGAAAGUGCAUGAAAGAAUUCAUACUGGAGAAAAACCUCACAAGUGCUCACAUUGUGGAAAGGGUUUCAAACGGCCCAAACAGCAGAAAAGACAUGAGAAAGUGCAUACUAGAGAGAAUCCAUACUACUGCUCUCCAUGUGGAAAGAGUUACAGCUCAACAAGUACUUUACAGACACAUUUAAGGAAGUUUUGCCCAAAUGUGUCAUAGUAAGCACAUUUGUAUAUUAUUAAAUAGUGAUACGGUGUUGGAAGUUUAACUCGCCAACAACUCCUACAGGAUUUAUAUUAUAAGGGGGAAAAAGGUUGUUUUGAUCAUACCAGUUGAUGAAAUUAUGUAACCAUGAUGUCACACAGCAGGUCACCGCACUUCCGGGUGCUUUCUGUGGUGACAGAUUUGUUUGGAGUAGCGGUACUUGCGGUGUCAGAUGAUAAAAAAAAUUCUAUUAAAAUACUAGGUUUUAGUCCCACUGCCCAUUUAUUGCUGUUUUUAUUUUAUUUUCUCUAAAACAAAGCCAAUGUCAGCUUUGUUCAUUAAUCACAGUUAUUAGUAACGAAAGUUACAGUAGCUAGCGUAAAACAUGAUUCAAACAUUAAUCUUAAAGGGGACAUGUCAUGCAUUUUUUCUGUGUACUUCUGCUUUAAGACACUCCUAUGACUUUGCAGAGCAAAUGUCCCCCGCCAUAAAAGCAUCUGACUGUACAGUUUCUUACAUAUCAAACAAACAUACAGUUGAAACAGUAGUAUUUAAUUUGUUACUCACCAGUGGUAGUGUUGUGUCCAAAAUUGUUGAUAUUGCUUCAUCUUUAAAAAUAAAUUUCUUUAGAAAAAUGAAUCAGUAGAGGAAUGUACCACAAACAUAUAAUCCCACAGUGAUGCUUAAUUUAAGUAUACCACUCAUUCCUAAUGCUGGGAUCCUUCAGAAGUCUACGCAGAGAUGAUGUAUUUCCACAACCAGGAACACUAUAAUUGACAUCUUAAUCUUUUUGUUGAGUUGGAGUACCUCAGCCACUUUCUCUCUCAGUUCACCACAAUGAUUACAAAUGUUGUUGAGGCAGGGCUAUUCAAAUAAACACCCCGUUUCAUGUCACUACGUGGCCAAUUUAAAAAAUGGAGUAGUUUUUGCGAGGUGGAAGAUUAAAUGCUGAUGUAUUUUUGGACUGGAAACGCCAUUUUGAGUUCUGUAACUUGCAGUAUGUUUUUAUUGUUGAAUGAUAUAUUCCCUUACUUGUCAAAAUCUUAAAGACAAUUUUAUUUCUCAUGACAUUACCCCAUCAAAGACAAAGACAUUAAGAUAUGAUUUUCUAUAAAGCUGUUCCUUGGGGGUUUUAAGGCAUUUAAGACAUUACAUAAUGAGUUCUUGUAAAGCUUCUUUGAAAUGAUGUGCAUU